AUGACAAGGUAUGAAGCAGGUGGCCAAGCUGAAUAUGAGAAACUUUCUAUGACUAGAGAAAUUGUUGAUGCAUUGUCGCAGAUCAUCCCACUCUUUUCGAAGUACCUUUCAAGUUAUAUCCAUUUAUUGAACAAAUUCAUUAGUCAUUUACGUAGGGUCGCAUCACUCAGAUAUGAGAGAACCACAUUAAUCAAAUAUGUCAAGAAACUGAGAUAUUUCAAUGAUAUGUUAUUAGAGUACGAUAUUUCUGAGACAUUGAACUAUGUAUCCCUAUCUGAUGGUAUUAAGCCAAUUGCAUCACAUUUCAGUAAGAUUUUAGAAGCACUGGAUUUACUAAACUUUUAUUUUACCCAAUCAUUGCAAAAAGAAAUUAUAUCAAAGACAUUAAAUUUCGAGCUGACACUUGCUGACAGUUGUAUUCUCGCUAUUGAUGACGCAUAUAACCAUUUCGUAAAGUACACGCAGUGGAUGGUUGAGUCCAUAGGCGCGGGAAGUCAGUUUUUAGACCUUGAAGUUGUAAGAUUUGCCCUAAAAUGUGCUGAAGAAGAUGAGACAGAUUUGACAGAAACAGACAAUAUUUUCUUGCAAGAAGUAAUUGAGGUGAACGACGAAAGGGAAUACGAACAUGUGACGAAACAGUGGGGGAAUGUAUUGAAGGAGAAGAUGGUUACCUUAGAGACGGAAUACACCAGUACUGCUACCAAAUGGCACGAAAAUUUUGGUAAAGGUAAGAACUAG